UAGUGUUGGUCCGUUGUUCGUGUACAAAAAAUCUCAACAUCUUUACCAAAAUGAAGGUCUUCGCCGCCGUCGCCGUCCUCCUGCUGGUCGCCCUGGCCACGGCCGAACCGCCGGCCCCGCGGAACGGGUUCUCCGCCCCGUCGAGCAACUACCUGCCGCCGAACCAGGGCUUCAACAAUGGGAAUAACGGUUACAACUAUAACGCAAACGACAAUGGUUACAACUACCCCUCGGGCUCCAACGGCAACGGAGGAGGCAACUAUCCGGCCGCGGCGCCGCCGCAGCAGCAGUACGGCCCACCGUCCGGAAACGGGGGCAACGGAGGAGGGUACAACUACGAGGACGCUAACGCUCAGCCGGCCAAGUACUCGUUCGAGUACAACGUGCAGGACUUUGCCUCCGGCAACGACUUCGGCCACAUGGAGUCCCGCGACGGAGACCGAACGGUGGGACGCUACUACGUUCUGCUUCCCGACGGUCGCAAGCAAGUUGUGAACUACGAAGCCGACCAGAACGGAUACCGCCCGACGAUCACGUACGAGGACGUCGGCACUGGCAACGGUGCUAACGGUGGCAACAACGGAGGUGGCUACCCCGGAAACGGUCAGUUCAACGGAUACCAGUAGGAGGUCCUGACUGAUGAUUUCAGCGAGGUAUCAGCGCCCUCCGACCAGCCACCGAUCGGGCGGGCAAAAUUCCAUUAUCCCAAGCGCUAGCGUAUCGUUACUCUCCUUAUGUCACCUUAACCACCCCUU